UACUACACAUUAGCUUGACAGCUGGAGGGAUCCUUGCUGGUGGUGUUUUGGUCCAGUCGACCCCGCUCACGAAAAUGACAGCGAGGAAGUCUGGCUCUCGACUGGAAACCGAGAUAGAGCGGUGCCGUUCAGAGAGCCAAUGGGACAAGAUACCGGAGUUAGUACGACAGCUCUCAGCCAAACUAAUAUCAAACGAUGACCUAGGGGAGCUGUUGCUGGGAGAAUGUAAGCUUCAGACGUACUUGAAGGAGAAUCCCAUCAAACAGGGAGCCAGUCCCAGGGGCCCACGACCUAAACUGGUGGAGGUCAGGAAACACCUCAUUGCUGCUCUGGACAGAGGAAACCUGAAGGCUGACUACCUCCAGGAAGCUAGCCUGCUGAUGGCUAAACUCUGUUAUGUGGAGGGAGAAUACAGAGAUGCUUUAGGUCACUACAGCAGGGUGAACCUGGACGACAUGCAGCUGGUGGGUGCUCCCGUGUAUAGACUUUCGAUGAUAGCAGAGGCCUAUGCUACUAAAGGAUUGUGUCUAGAGAAGGUCCCAGCUGCCUCUCCAUCUCUGUCCAAUAAGAACACUGGGUCUCCAUUGUCCAAUAAGAGCACAACAGAGAGAGAGCAGGAAAUCAUCACCUGCUAUGAAAAGUCUGGAGACAUCGCUCUUCUCUACCUGCAGGAGGCUGAGAAGGCAUUGUCAGCAGGGAUUCAGAACCGCAGCCCAAAGCCCGGCCCGACAGCACAGGAGCAGGAGCUGGGCUAUUUCCUGGAGACAGGCCUGCAGAGGGCGCACGUCAUCCACUUCAAGAAUGGCAACCUUACACAAGGUGUGGGCCGGUUUCGGGAGAUUCUUCGGGCCAUUGAGACCAGAACCACCCAGAACCUGCGCAUGACCAUAGCCAGACAGCUUGCAGAGAUCUUGCUCAGAGGAAUGUGUGAACAGAGUUACUGGUCUCCUCUGGAAGACCCGCCCACAGUGUCGCCAUUGGAUGAUCCCGCGCGGCAAGGACACACUCACAGCAAGAACUACAGCCUAAGCCGACGCCCACGGGUGUACUCAGGGGAGAAUCUGUUUUGCCCUCAGGAGAAUACAGAAGAGGCUUUGCUGCUGCUGCUCAUCAGUGAGUCCAUGGCUAACCGUGACGCUGUCCUGAGCAGAAUCCCUGAACACAAUAAUGAUCGUAUCAUCAGCCUACAGUCUGCCUCUGUGGUGUACGACCUGCUGACUAUAGCUCUUGGCAGGAGGGGGCAGUACGAGAUGCUGUCAGAGUGUUUGGAGAGAGCCAUGAAGUUUGCCUUUGAGGAGUUUCAUUUGUGGUACCAACUCGCCUUGUCACUAAUGGCAGCUGGCAAAUCAGCUCGUGCUGUUAAGGUCCUUAAGGAGUGUAUUCGACUGAAGCCUGACGACCCUACCAUCCCGCUGCUGGCUGUCAAACUGUGUAUCGGACCCCUGCACUGGCUGGAUGAGGGCGAGUGCUUUGCAAAGUUGGUGAUUGAGAUGGGGGAGAAAGCUGCUGAAUUCAGAGCCAAAGGCUACUUGGCCAUCGGGCUGGUUUACAGCCUUAAAGCCACCGAUGCAUCCUUGCGAAGCACACAGGAGGACUACCAGCGGAAAGCUUUGGGAGCCUUCCAGAGAGCCCAGAGUCUGUCUCCUACUGACCACCUAGCAGCCUUCUACUUGGCACUGCAGCUUGCUGUGUCCAGACAGAUCCCAGAAGCACUAGGCUAUGUUCGACAGGCGUUGCAGCUUCAAGGGGAUGAUGUCCACUCCCUUCAUCUGCUGGCCCUGCUGCUCUCUGCUCAGAAACACUACCACGACGCUCUCAAUAUUAUAGAGAUGGCCCUGUCUGAGUACCCGGAGAACUUCAAUCUGCUGUAUACCAAAGUGAAAUUGGACUCAAUGUGUAGAGGACCAGAGGAAGCUCUGCUCACCUGUAAACACAUGCUGCAAAUCUGGAAGAGCUUUUACAACCUUACCAAUCCCAGUGAUUCGGGGCGUGGCAGCAGUUUGUUGGAUAGAGCCAUUGCAGACAGACGACAACUCAAUGCCAUGACUCUGCCUGACUUCAGUGACCCUGAGACCGCCUCAGGUUCUUCCUCUUCUUACUCUGGUUCUGAACCGGUCUCCCCCACCUCCCCAUCCACCAUUUCCAACCUCUCGUCCCCGCUGUCCUCCCCUUCUUCUCCUGUCUUCAUCUUCCAGCCUCCUCUUCUCCCACCAAACAAAAACCCAUCCUUCCGCUCUCAUUUUCCUCCUUAUCACCCUCCUUCUGCUCUACAUCCUCCACCCACCAAGACCAGGACUCACUCCUUUUGCAACCACGCCUCCCUCCACCGGCUCUCCUCCAACUGUAAUCUGCCUUGAUGUCCACUCGCCCUGUAGCAUGGUGUGGAGAGUGAUCUAAAAAAGAAAUACAGAGUUUCUGGGAGAUUGGCUCAUUGGUUAAUUUUCACAUUUAGUAAUGAGUGAAUUCCCAGUCUGUUUUUUCUCUGGUGUUCUUUGCUAAUCAGUAUGUUGAUUAGUUCACUAGCAAUAUCCAAAGUAGAAGAUCAGCUGUCCCCUAUAGGGUCAAAAUUCAGAAACUGAAAAAUGAACUCAUGAUAGCUGAUGUAGGCUGUUUUAUUGUCAAACCUAUUUCAAUAAGGAGAGAUCAAAUGGAAGUGAAUAACAACAUUUACUGAGGUAAGCAACAGAGAGAGUUUUGGCAAAUAGACUCCAUCAUUAAGUGUAGGCCUGUAUGAAGAUAAGAUAGAUCCCCCGGAGUCUAGACCCUGGUGAUGGUGGAGUAGAGCCAGCGGGUGAUUGAUGGAAACCUUUGGACGAGCGUCCCUGGACAUCAUGAAGGUUAUGGUGGUACUUGGGAGGAGGUGGGUUGUGCAGUGGUAGGUCGGAAAGACAGACGGGCAAAGUCGCAAUGAUAUUUAAAGAACGGCAUCCAGUAAGUGCUUUGUUCGCGGGACACAGACAGAAAAAUCAUUGGUCAGAUAUGGUGAUGUCGAGAUUGUGAGUAGAGAGAUUUGACAGCUUGGGAAGGUGGAAGUGACGGAGAAGAUGUUUUGGAAAACUAUGGAGCUUGGUGACACAGAGGAAUAAGAUAUACCAGAGUUUUGCUUCACAGUAUAAUACAUUUAUUUGUUAGUACGAUCAGUUCUUUGUUGGUUGUGGUCUUUUAGCACAUUUGUGUCUUUUGGACAUUUGUUGACAAUAUAGAAAUAUACAGCAUCAACAGACUCAUCCAUUGAUUCAUCAGUCGAAUCAUGUCUUGUGAAAAUUGGUACUAAAGGGAGACUGGCUUCCAGGACUCUUGAGUACUACCAUCGAAGUCCAGGCCAGCACAUAUUUUAACUGUCAGAGUUAGCUGUGUGUCAUAUAAAUGGAUCUUAAUUUUGUUGCCAGUUCUCAUUUUCUCACUCAAAGACAAUGUUUCAUCCCAUGGUGUUGCCACAUUCUUAGCAUGGAGAACCAGCAUGACCAAUCUGCUGUGGAUAUAUUGAUCAAUUCAGGAAUGUUCUCAUCACUAAACUGGUGAGGCGACCAACAAGCUGAUUGCCCAAAAACUCAACAUGCUCCUGUCAUCACAGAGCCUAUUGUACUUUUGAACUUUUGAAGGUGAAACUUGAAGUUGACUGGUCGUGGAAACCUCACAAGCAUGGCCAACGAGUGAAGAACUAAACUGACUAACCCUGGAGCAUGGGAUGUGCUUCAUGGUCACACAUAGUUCUCAGACCUGCUGUAAAUCUAUGCAUGUUUACGUGUGCGUGUAUGGACGCUUUGGGUGUGGAUCAAACUGUAAGUUGAGCCUUGAUGGAGCUGCUGCAGUUGCUUAGCGUUUUUGUGACCUUCUCAAGGUUUCAGGUGAACCGUCUCACAUGACACACACAGCUUCAAACACCACACACUCACAGUUGAUGCAGCUAGAAUUUAGAGAUCAGUUAUGUUCUUUUUUGAUAUUACGGAAAAUAAUUUUUCACUGAUUACAGCUUUACUGUCUCUUCACAUCUAUCUGCUUUUUCCCAGCUGUUUAUCUUUUGUUGUUGUGACUAUUUUGCAUCCUCCUCGUCUUUCUUCAUUUCUGUGAGGAUUUUUCAUUUCAGCCAACAUUCAUUUGUCUUGUUUCCCAGAUCCAACCUUAUGUCGUCUCUACUUGUUGCCAUCUCUUCUACUAAUGAUGUUUGUACUGGAAAAUAAUAAAUAAUAAGGCUCAGUGAGCCUCAGAACUGUUGCAUAAUUUAAAAUUGUAAAUAAAAAUGCAUCAAUUAAUCAAUUAUAUUACUGAAAAUUACAGACAGCAUUGUUUUCUGUGAGAUUAAGUUUAAAAAAUACGUGAUGUCACAGGCUCCCCCUGGAGCACGUGUAUUUGAGUAGAUCUAGUUGGCAUACAAUAGGCAAAAAAGUGGAAGCAGCCUGCGUCAUUCAUGUGGUCUAAGAGGCUACUGUGAAGAAUAAAAAUCUCCUUGCUGUUCUCUAUUAUCUUCCUCUGGAAUCAGCACUCUACUUCUCUCAUAAUGAUUUGGAUAUUUCUUCUCUGUCUCUUCUUCUCUUUCAAUCAUUAACAAUCGUCUUUCUUUUUUUUCCCAUCCCUCC